UGAUAGAGAUGGAGAGAGACGGAGAAGUGAGAGAGAAGAAGAAGUGAGGCAGAAAGGAGCAGACAGCAUUUUCUCUCCAUCCUUGCUGUCUUGAUACAUCGUUUAUAACCAUAUGGAGUUCAAUAUUACCGUUCUAUCGGAAGACUAACUGUUCGUCCCACACGUUUUGCCUCGGAGACAGGAACGAACCAUCUCGGAUUACCAGGGACAUCUCAUUGCUUACCUCCAAAUCCCCAGCUGCUUCGAAAACGUACAACCCUUCGUGUUACACGCACACACACACAUAUAGAUUCCCAUAUAUACACUCUACAUAGACCAUGUAUUGAGUGCUUCUUCGUCGGUAGUAGCUACGUCUGCAAUCACUGACAGAUUUUUUUUCUAAAUCAUUACACACACACACAUAAAUAUCAAUAUACACGCAUGCAUAUAUGUACAUAAACAUACCUACACAUAUACUACAUGUACAUACAUAAAUAUAUAGACAUGCAUACAUGUACAUAAUAAAUAUACAUACAUAAACAUCACAUGCACACAUAAACACUCAUACAUAAUUAUAUAUAUAUAUAUAUUACAUACAUCUAGAUACAUUUAACACCAUUUCCCUAUAUCUCUCUCAAUAAACACCCAUUUCACGUGUAAUUUAUAAGAAGCAUUCGGAACCAGGGCUCCGGUUUGCGCAAACCUCACGUGUGUUGCAGGUCCCUGCACUGUGUCGUGUGCCACACCCUACCAUGCCUUUAGUUAAAAUAUAAUAUAUAUAUAUAUGUAUUGUCACCAUUAUACACUCACAUAUUCCCCUAUAGACACAUUAAUCGCUGUAAAUCUUCUGUGACAUUCUAAACAGAUGUGGAUACAUGUCGGGAAAAUCUACCUCACAUCACAACGAGACUUACAAAUCUAUUAACACAUAUAUAUAUACAUCCAUACAUAGAAAAAGAGAGAGAGUUACACAUAUAUAGACUGACAUAUAGACACGCGCACGCACGCACAUUCAUAUAGAUAUAUAUACAUGUAUGUCUAAAAUACACUCAUGUCUAUGCAUUUAUUAAUUACACACAUCCCUAUGUAGACACAUAGACAUACAUAUCUAUGUAUAUAUAUUUUUAUAUACACCCGGGCGCGCACGCGUUUACGACACGUAUGUUUGUAGAUGUCUAAAUAGAUUUUCUUUUUUCCAUCAAUAAUUCCGUCACGCACUUUUCAUCUCCGGCAUCGCCACCAUCAGCCUGUUUAAUUAAAUUUUUUUUUUCCCCCCCACACCAUCACACAUACAUAUUUGCCAUCAAUAUUGUUGUAACGAUGUCAUCACUCCGAUGAUAAUUCCAACAUCGAUUUUAAUUACGAUGAUGACAGCAAUUAUUAUGAAGAUAUAAUGUAGAUGACACUUGUUAAUUACUAAAUUCUUCCAUGCUUUUUUUUUUUUCUUUCUUUCUGCUUUCGUUGUUCCGAUCCUCGUGCUAAUUAUUGUAUCCAGCCUCUCCCCGGUAGAAAAUGACAAUUAAAUAACCACUAUACCGCUUUCAGAGACGGACACAUUGCUAUUUGACAUAUAUUAUGAAAAGAGCAGAAGAAGAAAAAAAAGAAAAAGGAAAAUAUGAUCGCAGUUCGAUACCAUCUAGGUCUUCUGGAUCAGAGAUGACUCGGGGUUAAAACAUUACUAUAACCCCGUAAACAAAGGGGGGAAAAAACAACUAAUCCAUUAAUAACACACACGCAUUCACACUCAUUUAUACACACAUAUUUAUUGGUCUAUUUAAAUUGUUUGACAGGUUUUUGUUAUAAGAUCAAACUUGCUUAUAUACAUACAUUCAUCUAUCUAUAUAUAUAUAUAUAUAUAUCAACGCAUAUUUACGUAUUUAUAUAAAUAUACACACGCAGCCUUAACAGGGUGUGUGGGUACAUGUAUAUAUAAUAUAUAUAAUAUAUAUCCUUAAUCGGAAUAGUUCCUGAUUUGCAAAAGAAGAGAGUAAACAAAAACAAAAAACGACUAGCGACGAAUACGUGCUUUAUUUGUAUCGAAAUAAUAAUGAUGAUGAAAAGUAAUAAGAAAAGAAUAUAUAUAAAGAAUAUAUAUAAAGAAAUACGUUGACAAAAUCGUUGAGGAAGGGACCAGGAUCGAAACUCUAACCAAAUGAUUCCCCCAAACCAAUCCAGAAUGGAGAGAGUUCUAGCAGACCUGGCAAAUGAAGCAUCCAUUCCAAAAUUUCAUUAUAUCAAGAAAACAUGCCAGGAAGCUAUUGAAUUCAUCUCCAGCCCAAAUGCAUCUGACAUUCCUGUGCACCAGCUGCGGAACAGAUGCCUGCAACCGUUCCAAAUGGCACUGGAAACACGCACCAAGAGACUCAGUAAUUUGGCUAUCAAAGGCAUUGAGCUCAUCCUGCAAGAUGACCAAUUCCAGUCCAAUCUGGAGUCAGAAAGUGAAGAGGAUUGGAUGCCAAUUCAGAUACUGAACACCGUUUAUUCCACUCCACACUUGCAAGAAGAUGCCCAGGUAGAGAUUCUCAAGCUGCUGUUAAACAUGACAUUUUCCACAGCAUGGUGCAUGAAUUCCAAGAUAAUCAUAGAAAUCUCCCAGGUGUAUAUAAAGAUUUUUGUUGGUGGCACGAUCAGUGUACAGACAGCUAUCAAAGCCACCAUCACGCAAAUGCUGAGCUGUUUCACAAAGAGACUACAGGAGACUGUCGAGAAAAACAAAGUACCCCGGCAUGGAAAGGAGAAAAAAGAUAAUAAUGUGAUGAAAGAUUUUGAACCGAAAGAUUAUGUCAACAUGGAUUGUGCACUUCAAGAAGUCAUUUCUAUCUUGAAAUUCUUUACCAAGAAAUUAGAAGAAACACAAAAUAACAACGUCACUUCAUCUAAACACUCAAUUCCAUUAUUAUUGGAAUGCAUUCUCACCAUUUUGUCCAAUUCUUCUAAAAUCCUGACGAAACAUUUAUGUCCCGCCUUGAUAUCUCUGCUUGGAACUCCAAGAUCAGAACGAAGUGUCACAACUCCACGAAAUCCCGAUGAAGAAAUCGGUCGAGGAUCAGGAUGUUCCACGACUGCUCCGAAUCUCCUUGCCACCACAGCUAAAGUUAUUUACAACAUUGCAGUUCAAUUGGUGCGUUUGGUAGGGUCAGUCGGUAGCCUAAGACCUGUUCUAGAAUCACUCUUUCACCGGAUGUUACUCUAUCCUCCUCCACAACACCGACAUGAUGCUUUGAAAGCUCUGAAACUGUUGUUCAACUCUCCCAGAGGCGUCCUCGACAUUGCUGCGCCGACGGCCUCGGAAUCCACCAAUUCUGAAAAGAAACUCUCCAAUCAGAAAUCCGAUAUCGCAUUCAUGAAGCUAAUCAUAGACAGUAUCCAGGAAUGUUGCCAUUGUAAUGACUCUGCUGUGUGUAUAACGAGCGUUGAGUGUAUAACGAUGCUGUUACGCACCCUCGAACGACUGAGUAAGGGUAUUGAUAUUCCGGAGGACGUUGUGAAGGACAUUAACAGUUUCUAUGACCGCCAGGAGAGAGAUUCUAAGCACAACUCGAAUAUCGAGCAUGAGGGCACAAACCCAUUGCCGACAGAUGUAGAACCAGCUGACGUUCUCAAGACAGCUACCAGUGAUAGUUUUGAAGGAGAAGAGGUGGGAGGAGAAGUUGCUGAGGUGGGGGUAGAAGAUGCUGAAGUGGGAGGAGGAGGAGGAGGAGAAGAGGUGUCAGUGGUGAUAGUGGAGAAGGAAGAGGAGGAGGAGGAGAAAAUUGACAAUGAGGAGGAUGAGGAUGAGAGAGUCGACGGUGAAAGUCAACAAGAAAUUGACGACGCAGCAUGUGAUGACAAUGACAGUGAUGAGGACAGCUGCAGUGACAGCUCCGUCGUAAGUCAUGUCUACUGUCCACCUCACCCUGUCCAGGAGCCGGGAAACCUGCCGAAUGACACGUCCUCGUCAAAAGCAGCUCAAGAAACACUCACCAAGAAAACCGCCCCCAACUCGACCACAUCCAAGGCUUUCUUAUGCCAGAAGCAAGACCUCGCUGAAAGGGAACAUGCUAGGGAAUACAUGAAUAAACUUGCCGAUUUGUUGCCACGCCUUAUGAACCUGAUGUCAAUCUGUCGAGUUGACAAUGUGCUGCAGGAGUUUGCUGCCUCGUUUUGUUCAGACAUGGUGAAUGGAUUCCCACCCAAAUGUGAUGAAUCCACUGUGAUAGUGAACGCUGAUGGUAUUUACGUUACGUCCAUUGCUGUCCUGUCACUCAACCUCAAGUUAUCCGUGAAAAACUUUUAUAAGCCAGACUUCCAGGGCAAAGUUUUUGUUACAGAGGAACAGUUUGUAGACAAUGUUCUCAACAGCGGUUUGGUGGUAUUCCUCUCUACAAGUUGGCUCAGUGAAGUUUAUAAGCAAAUUAUAUCAACAGACCUAUUAGAGAAUGCUGGUUACCAGUUUGAUGACGAAUCUCCACUGAUUUCAAUGCUGACAGACAUUGAUGGUCUCGACAGUCAUGAACUCUGUGGUCAGAUUCUGAUGGAUGCCCGCUCGACAUGCAGCACGUUGCUCUCCGAUGAUGACGACGACGAAGAGGAGGAGGAGGUGGAUGAAGAGGUGGACAGCAUUCGAAGAGGGGAAAAUAGAAGGGAGGCUGGACAUUCACGAAGAGAACGACCAAGUAAAGAUGCAGUAAUGGCAGGUAAAAGACUGGCAAAGAGGAUACUCUCUACUUGUUGGGAUGGUAUGCUUGAUGUUCUUGCCGUACUCCUCAACGGCAAGAGCUCCUGUGGUAUAACCAGCAGCCUGGCGCUAAUGCUUGGCACCGAAGGAGCAAGAGAGGAGAGCAUGAAGGCCCGUGAAGCUAUAUGCCAGAGUUUGACCGGCUUACAGAAGGCGGCUAAAUUAUGUUGCAUUCUGGGUCUCCAAAAACGAUGUGCUGCAGUUUUUGCUCUGUUGGCCAGCUCAUCUUGUGUCAUCGAAGAGCGUUCGGUCUUGCACGACCGUAAGCUUCCUCUAAAGGCACCGAUUUUACCCAACCGACAGAAACUGGUCCGUCUUCAUGCUGCGCACAUCCUCAGCAUGGAUGUGGUGAUGUUGAUUGGCCUGGAGAUGGGGAGCCAUGCGUCAGAUUGCUGGAAACAUAUUUUCAGGUGUUGUAGUCAUAUAGCCUGGCUUGAACACACCUACUUCAGCGCUGGCAACAAUCAAUCAAGUCUUCCUAAGGUUCACCAUGAACAACCUGUGAUGUCAAUACCGAAUGCCGACGGCUCUUAUAAUUGUGAUCCUGAGAUGUAUAUGACAUCAAUGGUACCAGUGAUGCCUGUGGCACCAACCAUUAGUGUACAUGAACUGACGAGGUUGAGCAAAGUUGAAGCUGGAUGGGAGAGUGCCCUGAGUGGUGGUGGUGUCCUCAGUGCGUCUCAUGCUGCCAAAGCGCUUUGUGGACUCUCCCAAGAAGUUGAUCGUCUUUUCGAAGAUGCUGCUCAGAAAUUGAACCUACAAGCUCUGGUUAGUUUCCUGUCUGAGCUUUGCACAGCCAGCCACCACCAGCUCGUACAGCUCUCUACAAUCAGCGACGAUGGAGAAAUCAUCAACGUAGCUAUCAAAUUACCAACCAAUGCUCUCCUGCUCUACAGACUUCAGGAAGUUCUCAUGAAAGUCUUGCACACGGGCAGACCAUUGCUACACCUGGUGCAGGCUUUCAAUGCAGUUUCCACUCAUUUGGUUGAGGCUGCUGGCAACAGGGAAAGACGAAUCUCCAAAAUGGCUGUGACCUGCAUGCACGAUUAUAUAACGUCAGUAUUGAGUACUCAUACAGAGAAACCUCAUUUUCAUGUGAACGAGCUGCUGUGUAAAGGUUUUGAAAGUCUCUUCUCAAUGGAUAUAUGUGAUGGAGAUGUGCAAGAUCAGGUUGUAUGUUCAAUCUGUGAACUUGUGGAAGCUUGCACCGCCGAGAUCCGAUCAGGGUGGAGACCCCUGUUUGCAGCUCUCCAGGCUGUGAAGAUUGAAUAUACAUUAAACGAGGAAAUUAAUGAAUCUCGACAGCGCCAUAUUGCUGCUGUUCUUGAUGUCUUUGAAGUAUUCCUCAACACGGACAAUAUUUUGGUCUUUGCCAAUGCUGCCGUUGACUGUAUACUCUGUCUGUUGAAGUAUGUCCGUGGUCCAGGGGAGUUUGAAUGUUCCAGUGAUGGAGAUUCUGACUCUGGCAGUGAUUUCGCCACCAAUGACUGCACGGAGAACCUCUGCCUCCCAGCCCUCAACUACCUGAAGCAGUGUUGCCACAUGUUGGCCUCCAUGUGGAAAAUGCCUCAGUCUCCGAUUUUCAACAGUGCACACAGGUAUGUAAACAAACAUUUCUCCGUAAACUUGUUACCUGUACAAAUAUGUUUGAAAAAGAAUUUGAACUUGCAAGAGUGUCCUUCUUUAAACGUCAAAUGUACCAGUAAUACGCAACCACCCUGUAGAGUGAACUGGGUGCUUUUUAUGUGGUACCAGCUGAGGCGAGGUCAUGUGACAUGUUUCACAAUUUCUUCUGUUUAUAUUUCAGGUCCGACAUUCAGUAUGUUUUGCGUGAACAAUCUUUUAUUACCGACAUUACAGUCUUGGCUUCGCCGCAGUUACCAUAACCAAACUUACUGGGAAGCUGGUUCCACUAAUUUCAAACUGUGUUGUGGACUUACAACAGAUCUUCUCGUGGAAUUUGUCUUGGAAUUUUCAGAUGACCACAAGAACGAGAAAAUGUUGGAGACCAUGCUGUGCAAACUGUUCAUUGUCCUAAUAGAAUGUGUGGCACAACCUGUGGAAGUGAUUUCACGUCUCGGAUGCUCUUGUAUUAGACAUAUUGUCUUGGCGUCUGGACAUUGUUUCACCGAGGGAAUGUGGCAGGUGACCAUUGACAGCUUCGAGAAAGCAUUCGAAGUCACCACGUACAGCUUACGUCAACUUAUGAUGCUGUUUCACCAAAACUCUGAGAACUUCUACGGAGACAUAGGGCAGGUAAAAGUAGCCACACGGAAAGACUGUACACCGAUAGCUCUGGAGCGACUGCGGCAAUUAGCCCAACAGGUAACGGUUCCAUUCCGAAAUUUGGUUGUCGGACUUCUGUCACAUCAGCUGUUGUUGCAGACAGUCGGUUCCAUACUUCUGCAGCUGCACACAAGCACCGAACAAGACAGCGUGGUUAAAAAUAGUGCCGACAAUAAUAAUGCUAGCCAUUCCUCAACCGAGCAACACCAACAACAGCCACAUUCCAUGUCAUCGCCUUCAUCAGCGCCACCAUCUGCAACAUCAUCACCAUCCUCUUCAAAUUCUUCACCACCCCUCCCAGGAAUGCUCCCUUAUCUAUCGACCCGCAAUGUUGCCAAGGUCCUUGACUGUCUCUAUAUGUCGUACCACAUUGCUUGUGAUUUUGACUCGAGGCCCGGCUUGAAGUUCCUCAUCCAGAAAGUUGCGCAAACUGACGUAGCUGCCAACCUUUACAAACAGGCUGGAGCCAGUAUGGUAUUUUACAUUCAUACCCUCAUUGAAAUUUGCUCCAGCGUGAGCCCCCUUCAACUGGACACGACCCGUAACCUACUCAAGCAGAUGUCCACGUCGUUCCUGAACAACCGGCAAGCCUGCAUCACUCGUGCGCAGACCGUGACCAAAGACAUCAGCUGCAGCGUGGAGAUUUUCCUCUUCCUUCUACAGAGCAUUUGUGAUGAGUUGUGUCAGACCUAUGUCGAUAUGACCCUUGACGAGGAAACCACAACGUGCGUGGAUCGUCUCUCUGAACAACCCCUCGUCUUUCUCAUUGCCAAACCUGAUGAACUCAGUGAUAUCACUGGAUCAACAGAGUCGAAGAAAAUGAACAAAUCCCCUUCUUUCAAAGGAUCCCUUUAUCAUCCAACAACUUCACCCGUCGCGACGCAGCCGAGCGAAGCACCAUUUGGUAGCGACAGCAAGACCACAGCGACACGGGACGACCCCAUCUCACCGUCUAAAAGCACAAGCGAAGAAGAUAAAGACCAUCCAGAUGUGACCACCACACUGAAGAGCAAGAGAGAGAAACGAGCCGAGAGGGAAGGACGUGUUUACACUGUUGCCACGGAUAAGUUUAUCAAGAAUCUCAUGACGGAAUACAAGAAACGCAAGCAACAACAUUCGAUGCCAGCUUUUGUUCUCCAUCACUAUUUUUGUUUUUUGUCCCCAUUUUUCUCAGACUGGCCUAUUUGGGGUCCUGGAAUUUGUUGUUACGUUGCUAAAAUUUUUAUGCCUUCACAUCCUGAUUUGUCUUUUCUUUUGUUUCAGGACAGUGAAGCUCAUUUGAAAUCCUGGACCGAAUUGCUCUGUGCCAUUCUUCGUCUGUUCCAAGAACUACCAGAUCAUAAAUUCUAUGCCCUGCUACCGACCGUCUUCAACUGUCUGAACCAGUUAGUGUGCCACUCUCGAGAACAACGCCUAAACGAUGCCCUGGCACAGUGGCUCCACAGAGUCGGACACUUAGUCGGAAUCAAUCCUUUGUAACGACUGAAACCGUUUAGGAAAUAAAGAAUUAUUUCAGAAAACACACACACACACACAGCUACAUACAAGCACACUGGCAUAGAUGCACACAGGUAUACACUUAGGCAUAGUGAUACACAAGUGCACACACUCACUCAUGCACACAUAUACACACACACACACACACAGACAGGUAGAUACAUACACAGGGACACACAUGCUUUUAGUAUUUUCCUGUUGAGGAAGGACUAACGCUGAAUGAAUUUUGUUCCUCACACCACUAACUAUAUAACAAAAUACAGGCACGCAGACAUUAACAAGCACCUAAAUACACACACACACUAAUCAUUGUAUACAGUAUUAUAGAUCCCUUACAGCCAAUCUUACCAAUCGGUUUUGCACUGAGUAUUAGAUAACUGCAUAUUAUAUAGCAGUAUGGUUGCAUAACACCACAUGCUAUAUGUUGGUGUGUGUGCAUUUAUGUGUAUAUAUAUGUGCAUGUGUAUAGAUAUAUAUGUAUUAAUGUGUGUAUAUAUAUAUAUAUAUACAAACACACAUUCUCAUACAAACUAUGUAGUUAUAAGCAUGCACAUGCACAUAUUCACGCGUGCAUGUACACACACAUAUACACUCCCUGUUGAGGAAGGACUAACGCUGAAUGAAUUUUGUUCCUCACACCCCUAAGUACACACACACACACAUAAUGGAUCAGGAUCCGAGUGCAUCAUUAAGGCAGCGAGCUGGCAGAAACGUUAGCACGUCAGGUGAAAUGUUUGCUUGCUUACACACACACACACACACACACACACACACAAAAUAUCUAUUUAAUAUUUCCAUUAUUGAAUUUUAAAUUAUUUAAAUAAAUCAUUUAUAUUCUGGAAGACUUUUACUGCUGAAAUAAAAGUUAACAAGCAGAUCUCCACAUUGGGAUUGAA